AUGCCCGCGCGAAGGACUUGCGGGGGGGGGACCGCCCUGCCCCGGAUAGGAGAAGCGUGUAGCGGCCGAAAUGGGUAUGAGGGUGAGGCGAGUGGGGAGUGCGUGACGGGGCCUGGUGGAGGUGAUUCGGAUUCCUCUCCUCUUGGCGCGCCGGGAGCCGUCGCAACAACUUUUCUUGGGCCGGAGUACGGCGUGAAGAGCCUUGGGGCUCCUGUGGAUAGCGCGCCUUCUCGUUGCCACCUUUCCGCGGGGUGCUUUGACGGCCGCUGCGACGUUUACCGGCAGGUUCUUUCUUGCCAGUACCCGAUGGAACCCCUUUGGUGCCGCCACCCUUACCUCCUCCAUCCCCUUUUGCUCCCUGGCGCCCUUGCUUUUUACCACCCCCUUGAUUUUCGACCUUCACCUUACGCGCUUUCGGUCUGCCAGCUGCUGCGCCGCGCGCGGCGUCAACUGCCCCGCGUUUUCGGGAAUGGCGAGUCCGGCCCCCCACCUUCCCUGUACCACUCUGCCGUUUGCCACGCCCGCCCCGUCCCUUCACUGCCGCCACGUCCUCCUCCUCCUCCCCCUCUUCCUCCUCCUCCUCCUCUUCCUCCUCCUCCUCCUCCUCCUCCUCCUCCUCCUCCUCCUCCUGUUCAUCCUCCUCCUCGUCGUCCCCCUACUCUUCCUCCUCCUCCUCCUCCUCCUCCUCCUCCUCCUCCUCCUCCUCCUCCUCCUCCUCCUCCUCCUCAUCCUCCUCCUCCUCCUCCUCCUCCUCCUCCUCCUCCUCAUCCUCCUCCUCCUCCUCCUCCUACUCCUCCUCCUCCUCCUCCUCCUCCUCCUCAUCAUCCUCCUCCUCAUCCUCCUCCUCCUCCUCCUCCUCCUCCUCCUCCUCCUCCUCCUCCUCCUCCUCCUCCUCCUCCUCUUCCUCCUUUUCGUCCUCCCCGCCAUCAUUCUCAUCUUUUUCAUCCUCCCCAACAUCCGCGUCAUCCUCCUCCGCAUCCUCUUCAUCCUCCUCUUCCUGCGCAUCCUCCUCCUCGGCCUCACCAGGGUCUUCACGACCCCAUUUCUUGCCCCUCCUUCCGCUGGAUGUUUUUCUUGCUGCGGGUCGGCCCUUUUGGCGCAAUGCAUGACCCGUCGCUUUGCCACUAG